ACCGGCACGUCGCGAGAAUUGCGUUUAAGGUUUCGCGAGAAUGUGGUUAGUGAGGGCGCCCCGCUCGCGCGUUCCGGUGCUGAGGCUGUGUGGCUGCCCCUUUAGGGAGUAGAGGGCGGCGCGGCGACCGCAGUGGGAUCGAGUGUCUGAAAGCCCGAAGAAAAGCUGCUUAACGGCCGCUGCCCGAGGGAGUUAGUGUCGGUGAAUUUUACGUUGGGGGUCCUUCUGCGUAUCCGUAGGCAAGAGGGUGACGUCAUGAGCGUCCCGCCGUCGCUGCGGCUGGGAGACCGCCAGGGAAGAGCGCUCGCUGGUCGCCGCGAGGUGAUGCUCCCGAAAACGUCCACCCGGUCUAGCGGGAGCUCGGCAUGAUUUUCAGGGAUUCUAUUUCAGACUAAGGUAUGAAUGGAAGCAGGAAAUAUUUACAUUUAAAGGACAAAGUUGCUAACACAAAUGUAAUUUUGGAACAUUGUGGAGAAUAACAAUUUGACCAGUGUCUGAAUCUGGAAUCAUCUCCAUAACGUGUAAAGGACUCUGGACUUGGUCCCAGAGGAUCUUGAUUCAAAUCCCACCCAUGUACCCUUUGAAUCCUUGUAUUGCUAAGACUGGGGACGCAGUUUUCUUUCACAAAGGGAAAUCUAAGUUCAUUUCAAGGCAUUCGAAAUGGGGAAAGACUAUUAUUGCAUUUUGGGAAUUGAAAAAGGAGCGUCAGAUGAAGAUAUUAAAAAGGCUUACCGAAAACAAGCCCUCAAAUUUCAUCCGGACAAGAACAAAUCUCCUCAGGCAGAGGAAAAAUUUAAAGAGGUCGCAGAAGCUUAUGAAGUAUUGAGUGAUCCUAAAAAGAGAGAAAUAUAUGAUCAGUUUGGGGAGGAAGGGUUGAAAGGAGGAGCAGGAGGUACUGAUGGACAAGGAGGUACCUUCCGGUACACCUUUCAUGGUGAUCCUCAUGCCACAUUUGCAGCAUUUUUCGGAGGUUCCAAUCCCUUUGAAAUUUUCUUUGGAAGACGGAUGGGUGGUGGUAGAGAUUCUGAAGAUAUGGAAGUAGAUGGAGAUCCUUUUAGUGCCUUUGGAUUCAGCAUGAAUGGAUAUCCAAGAGACAGGAAUUCUGUGGGGCCAUCCCGCCUCAAACAAGAUCCUCCAAUUAUUCAUGAACUUAGAGUAUCACUUGAAGAAAUAUAUAGUGGUUGUACCAAACGGAUGAAGAUUUCUCGAAAAAGGUUAAACCCUGAUGGAAGGAGUUAUAGAUCUGAGGACAAAAUUCUCACCAUUGAGAUAAAAAAAGGAUGGAAAGAAGGCACCAAAAUUACUUUUCCAAGAGAAGGAGAUGAAACACCAACUAGUAUUCCAGCAGACAUUGUUUUUAUUAUUAAAGAUAAAGAUCACCCCAAAUUUAAAAGGGAUGGAUCAAAUAUAAUUUAUACUGCUAAAAUUAGUUUACGAGAGGCAUUGUGUGGCUGCUCAGUUAAUGUUCCAACAAUGGAUGGAAGAACCAUACCUAUGUCAGUAAAUGAUAUUGUGAAACCUGGAAUGAGGAGAAGAAUUAUUGGAUAUGGGCUGCCAUUUCCAAAAAAUCCUGAGCAACGUGGUGACCUUCUAAUAGAAUUUGAAGUGUCCUUCCCAGAUUCUAUAUCCUCAUCAUCCAAAGAAGUACUUAGAAAACAUCUCCCUGCCUCAUAGAAUGAAAAACUUUGCUACUCAUAUUUUGAUAAGGCACUGAAAAUAUAAAAGGACUGGCUGUUUAUUGAUGUAGAUGUGAAUUCUGUAUAAAGAUGUAUAAAUUAUUUUGAGGGUUCAUUAAAUUGCAUGAAUAGAGACGGGUCAAAUAAAUAGGCAAAAGGGAUUUUUACAGUUAGAGAUGAGAAAUCAUUCACUCUAUUUUAUUUCUCCCAAGUCAGAAAUUUUUAGUAUUUUGCUUACAUGUAAAGUUUGUUUUUGUGGAGUUAGUAGAUAUAUUUCUAAUAAAGUACUAGACUAUCCAAGUACUUUAUUCCUUAUAUCUUUACAUUAUCAAUGUAGUAGGCUCUCAUUUAUAAUGGAAAUUUAAAUUCUUAACUAAACUAUACAUGUGAUAUGUAUUUCUAGAAAAUAAAAACCCAAGUCAUUUGGAAAUGUGGUUAACUAGAUUUAAAUCACUAUCUGAAAUGCUGCUAUAGGGCUGGUACCCAUAAAAGAAUAUCCAAAUGCAUAUGUUUCAUCAUUUUGAUUUUUAAAAUAUGCUACAGUGUUUGUUAAUAACAUAGUUGUAAUGUUCUUAAGAUGGACCUUUUCUCCAUAAAAAGGAAAUUCAUGGCAAUUUAUCUCCUGUGGAAAUCCCAAUUGUCUGAAUUACUGAUAUUUUAGAAAUAGGCUGUUUUUAAAAUACCAUAUGUAAUUUUAUGCAAGUUGAUUAUAUAUCUUGGACUUAAUAAAUUAUAGGCACAUUUUAUGGUCCACUAGUUUAAACUAGUUUGUUUAAUAAUAAAUAUGUUUUUAGAGGAAAUGUUGUUACUUGGAAUUAAUUUUCCAAUUACACAGUCUUCUAUAACUUACUCAUAAUAUGCUACAUGUACCUUAUGCAAUUUCCCUAAAAAAGAAUAAACUACCACUAUGGUGUUUAGCCAAAAUAUGGGGAAAAUAAACACUAACUGCUGCUUAUGAAUGAUGUUACUACUACUUGUUAUGCAUAUAAAUAUUUUACUUUUUAAUAUGCAUAGAUUGCAUUUCUUAGGUGUUUUAAUUUUUUAAAAUAUACUUACAUCUAAAAAUU